AUGGAAGUCGCUGCAUGCGAGAGUGGUGAACGCCUCAGAGUCGUAAAAGGUGGAAGAUGUGGUAAGUAGAUACUCAGGGUUUUAUCUCAGUAACAUGUUAGUCUGCGAGCAAGCUUUCCUUUUCGAGUGGCGAACAGAGCGAGACUCGCGAGGACGCGCGGGGACGCGCGAGCGAGCGGGCCGGAGGUAAAAAAAAAGGACAUCCCCCAUCCCCCUUCCCCCCUUCCUUUCCUCGCAUCUCCUCUCGCAUGUCUUUCGCGCGUGACUUCACGACAUCCCUCAAUUGGAAAGAGAAAUGCCAAUAACAUAUGUAUAUCUGAUCCUGAAGGGUCACAAUCUACAUGAUGCAUUGUUAGAUGUUUGCUUCUUGUUCUGGCUGUUAAAUAGAAUUUUGCCUCAUUAAUGCACAUCAAUGGCGUGUACAUGUUGUUGUACUCUUCUGGCCAUUGCAGUGGAAUUCAUCUUUCAGUCGCCACCCUAAGAGCUUUGAAACAAAGUUUGCUCGUCACAGAUAAUAUAUUUGCUGCAUAAAUCGACCUUGCGUAGUUGAACAUGGUGCAUAUGUGAGAGGUUUUUCUGAGCCAAAAACUUGUUUUUCCUUCUCCGAAUCCCAGAUUAUUUUGUCCCUCGCAUUUUAAACUCUAAAUAAAGCAAAUGGUAAACGCUAAUGAGUGCGACUAUUAUGACACGUUUCUCGCGCCUUGUCAAAAAGUUUCGUUUGUCACUUUACAUUUUCCUCGCCCCUCUAUUGCGCUCUGUUUCCCACUCGACUUCAUUUCAUCCCUGCUGUCUACACUCCUCGCCCCAUAUUUUCCUGGUCCCUUCAAUGCGUGCUAUUUACCUCGUCGACUUCAUUUCUUACCCGCUUACCCUCUGUCUAAACGCCUAGGCCAGGGUAGGCACUUUCUUAUAGGACAACUGUGUGUUUGAAGCAAAAGCUUAGUUGGACGGCUAGGAAGAAGUGUCGCACUGUGUAAAGCGGAUUACGCCGCCUUAAUGGGUCUUUUCACCGGCGUCAAUGGUUUUGCUUUGUUUCACAGGUGGGAUGACUAGAAACAAACCUGACAUCUGCCCCAGUCCAUGGAAGGGGCUAGAUGGAAUCUGUGAUCGUAGGGGAGAUACCUGCCAGAGUAACGCUGAUUGUGAUCAGCAAGGAGGAGGAAAAUGCUGCUUCAACGGCUGCCAGAAAGACUGUGUUCAGUUUGGUGAGUUAAAUGAGCUGGGUAGUGGUAAAAUUGAUGGUUUUGUAUAUUUUGUUUGUUAAUACGAGCACCGGAGAACGUAUUAGCCGAGCAGAACGUCUUUUGUUUUCAAAUUCUCGGGUACCUAAAGGUGAUUCGGGAGUGUUAUGAAUGACAUUUUCAUACAAAUUCAGGCAAAGUGAAACUGGAAGAAAAGCGUUGUCCGGCCGCUGUUUUAAGUUUACUCGAGUGCAUCCCAUGGGUUUGGUUUGUCCAUCCGUGCAAAUAUUUGGACUUGUCUUUCUGCAGCGUUUUUUGUGUUGACUAUUGAGCUGCUCUCUUUUUAAUGCGCCGUUGCCAUAUUACGAACUCUACUCGGGGACUACCCUUAAAUUGCAUCCGGAACUCCACAAAGCAAAAUGUACAAAAAAAAAGUCACAUGAUGAUGCCAAAAGUGAACACAUGUUCCCGCCAUUCCCGCGCGUCCAUGAUCCCGCCAUAUAAAACUGUAAGGUCAUGAGCACAAAUAACAUACUAGUUAGUUCUACCGCUUUAUGGUUAAUUAUAGGCGGUCGCUUUCUUAGCCUGGAGUCCCCUUAUGAGCCCUUUGCAGCUAAACAAUGCAAUCAUAGGGUACAAAAACACCUUGAGGGAGUGCAAAACAGUAGGAACGUGGGUUGAACGUCAAACGUUAGCCGAGAAUCUCAAGAUUCGAGGGAAACAUAAUUACUUGUUUCCCGAGGGACCAGUCUUAUUACUGUAUUUGUCAUAUAGCUGGAAAUUAUGAAGCUGGAAGUUCAUUAAACCUCACUGUAACGGCGGUGGUCGGUCAACAUGCGUGGGUAGCAGGGCACUGUUCAGAGAAUUUAGCGGGAAACAGUUUCAUUGUUAGAUGUCAUGUGACCUCGAGGUAACCAAUGAGAGCGCGCGCUGGUGGGAAAAAAUUUCCAGCUGUAUAACAAUUGGAUUUAUGCAACUGGUCCCAGGAGUAAACAUGAUUAACUUCUUUUGUAGGUAAACUAAAAUGCCCUCAAAAGUGUCACCCUAAUGGCCGGUGCGUAGAGCUGGUGUUUGGCGGCCGACGGUGUGUUUGCAAUCCUGGAUUUGCAGGGGAUGGAAUAGAGUGUUCAGGUGAAUCAUUUUUGUGUAAAGGGUUUAUCAAUGUGUAUCAUUUACUGUUAAACUCAAGGUGCCACUUUAGAAACGAGGAGGGAACUGGGACGAGUCAAAUGAGCCAGAGACUUCUGGGACUGUUUGCGUCCCCAGUAGCGAUCCCACAAACUAUUGCGGGAAGCAUUUCGGCUCCAGUACCUUUCUCGUUCCAAAGAUCACGCGGAUCAUGAUGCAUGAAAGGAACUAAUGAAUCCUCCCUCUCCAGACGGGAUUUAGCGGUUCCUUUGAUACAUUCUGAUCUGAGUGAUGUUGGAUCAUUGAUCCUGAUCCGGAUCAUCCCAAAAGAACGUACCCUCAGAAAACCGUGAACACCUGAAAUUUUGGAUAUUGUGCUCCAAAGGAAAAGCCCAUCAGAACAUUGUGCUUUGCUUGCAUAUUCUUUUUUCUUUUUCUUUUUCUUUUUUUUGUGUCCUUGGUCACUACGUGUUGAUCAUUCUUAAAAUAUUUCAGUUUUUCUAAGCCAAGUCUUAUCUCUGUAUUGUUGGCCGUUUUCAUUGUUCUCUGAGUGUACGGUUGAAUUGCACAACCUUGUAUGUAGUACUAUGGGUAUGUACAGUUGGGGUGUAAUGAAAUUUAGUAAGUUUGGUUUGUCCUUGUGUGGAUUUCAAAUCUUUCCAGGUGUAGGGGCACUGGGGGUGCACUUUCACGAAAACUCAAGGAGUGCUCCCACGAUUAUAUAUGGCGUUGUUAGAUUUCGGUUGACACACGUUCAGCGUGAUUAAAACGAUUCUAAAUUGAUUGUGAACUUUUGAAGACUCCACACGCUUUGUGAUUGGCUGAGAAAUAGACUGAGAGUUGUGGUCAUUUAUUUUCCUCUUGAACAUUUGCCAAAACGGGAGGACAAGUGGAAAUGUCUUCCCUCCUUCCAUUUUACGCGCGCUCGGGUAUUGUUCUCGCUCUAGCAUUUCCGGGGAAAAUCAGGGAUUACAGUUGAGCCUCUAUUAAGCGGCAUUAAUCAAAGUCCCGAAUUAAUUGUAGAAAAGAAAAAAAAAAUAAAAACCCUGUUAAACGGCCACCUUUUGGCCGUCCCAACGAGUGUUCUGUCAUAGUUGUCACCUCUAAUAAGCGGCCAUCAAGCGCUUAAUCCAGUUAGUUUGGCUUUUUUUAAAGAAUAUGAUGAAGGAAAAUACAGUCCGAGAGAGAAGGUGACGACCGAUUGUGGACGAGUAAUGCUGCCCCCGUCUCGUGUUUGUUUCAACAGAAAAGAUGUUUCCGCUAAAGGUUAUGCUCAUGUUAUGCUAAUUUAUGACGAACCACUUUUGUGCGGCCAAGCGGCCACUUGCCAGUACUCCGAGGAUGGCCGCUUAAUGGAGGUUCAACUGUAUUCGUAGUCUCGCUGAAAAUCUCGCCCUGUUUUCUUCACCUCCUAUUCAGUCACAACUUGCGCACUCACGAAAUUAAAUUAACAUACUCGUUUUGCUGGUAUUGUAGCUGAUCCUUGCAGUGUGAAGAAAUGCGACCAUCAUGCCCAUUGUAACAAUGUUGAUGGCGUCGGUAAAUGUGUCUGCCCAGAGGUGUGUCCAAGAAUUUUUGCACCCGUGUGUGGAUCCGAUGGAAAUGUGUAUGACAACGACUGUCUGAUGAGAGUCGCAUCAUGUAAACAACAGAAAAAGAUCACAUUUGCCAGCAAAGAAACGUGCAGUAAGUAGACAUAAAAAGGGGAGAUACCUGCCAGAGUAACGCUGAUUGUGAUCAGCAAGGAGGAGGAAAAUGCUGCUUCAAUGGCUGCCAGAAAGACUGUGUUCAGUUUGGUGAGUUAAAUGGACUGGGUAGUGGUAAAAUUGAUGGUUUUGUAUAUUUUGUUUGUUAAUACGAGCACCGGAGAACGUAUUAGCCGACCAGAACGUCUUUUGGUUUCAAAUUCUCGGCUACCUAAAGGUGAUUCGUGAGUCUUAUGAAUGACAUUUUCAUACAAAUUCAGGCAAAGUGAAACUGGAAGAAAAGCUGUGUCCGGCCGCUGUUUUAAGUUUACUCGAGUGCAUCCCAUGGGUUUGGUUUGUCCAUCCGUGCAAAUAUUUGGACUUGUCUUUCUGCAGCGUUUUUUGUCUUGACUUUUGAGCUGCUCUCUUUUUAAUGCGCCGUCGCCAUAUUGCGAACUCUACUCGGGGACUACCCUUAAAUUGCAUCCGGAACUCCACAAAACAAAUGUACAAAAAAAAAGUCACAUGAUGAUGCCUAAAGUGAACACAUGUUCCCGCCAUUCCCGCGCGUCCAUGAUCCCGCCAUAUAAAACUGUAAGGUCAUGAGCACAAAUAACAUACUAGUUAGUUAUACCGCUUUAAGGUUAAUUAUAGGCUGUCGCUUUCUUAGCCCGGAGUCCCCUUAUGAGCCCUCUGCAGCUAAACAAUGCAAUCACAGGGUAUAAAAACACCUUGAGGGAGUGCAAAACAGUAACGUCAUCUUUGUUUCGUUACCCGACUGCGUUUCAUGCUCGCCAGUAAUUCGUUGUUGUCCGAUGUGACUGCUGCAAGGGGCCUAUCGACCUACUGGCCUAUUGAAGAAGCUGGAGGGGCUAUUGAAGAAGCUGGAGUUUGACUGGGUUGAACGUCAAACGUUAGCCGAGAAUCUCAAGAUUCGAGGGAAACAUAAUUACCUGUUUCCCGAGGGACCAGUCUUUAAGUUAUUAAUUUUGUCAUAUAGCUGGAAAUGAUGAAGCUGGAAAUUCAUUAAACCUCGCUGUAACGGCGGUCGUCGGUCGUCGGUCAACAUUCGUGGGUAGCAGGGCACUGUUCAGAGAAUUUAGCGGGAAACAGUUUCAUUGUUAGACGUCAUGUGACCUCGAGGUAACCAAUGAGAGCGCGCGCUGGUGGGAAAAAAUUUCCAGCUGUAUAACAAUUGGAUUUAUGCAACUGGUCCCAGGAGUAAUCAUGAUUAACUUCUUUUGUAGGUAAACUAAAAUGCCCUCAAAAGUGCCACCCUAAUGGCCGGUGCGUAGAGCUGGUGUUUGGCGGCCGACGGUGUGUGUGCAAUCCUGGAUUUGUAGGGGAUGGAAUAGAGUGUUCAGGUGAAUCGUCUCUGUGUAAAGGGUUUAUCAAUGUGUAUCAUUUGCUGUUAAACUCAAGGUGCCACUUUAGGAACGAGAAAGGAACUGGGACAAGUCAAAUGAGCCAGAGACUUCUGAGACUGUUUGCGUCCCCAGUAGCGAUCCCACAAACAAUUGCGGGAAGCAUUUCAGCUCCAGUACUCUUCUCGUUCCCAAGAUCACGCGGAUCAUGAUGCAUGAAAGGAACUAAUGAAUUCUCCUUCUUCCAGAUGGGAUUUAGCGGUUCCUUUGAUGCAUGCUGAUCUAAGUGAUGUUGGAUCAUUGAUCCAGAUCUGGAUCAUCCAAAAGGAACGUACCCUCAGAAAACCGUGAACACCUGAAAUUUUGGAGUGAUAUUGUGCUCCAAGGAAAAAGCCCGUCAGAACAUUGUGCUUUGCUUGCAUAUUCUUUUUUCUUUUUCUUUUUUUUUUGUGUCAUUGGUCACUACAUGUUCAUCAUUCUUAAAAUGUUUCAGUUUUUCUAAGCCAAGUCUUAUCUCUGUAUUGUUGGCCGUUUUCAUUGUUUUCUGUACGGUUGAAUUGCACAACCUUGUAUGUAAUAUUAUGGGUAUGUACAGUUGGGGUGUAGUGUAAUUUAAGUUUGGUUUGUCCUUGUGUGGAUUUCAAAUCUUUCCAGGUGUAGGGCACUGGGGGUGCACUUUCACGAAAACUCAAAGGAGUGCUUCCACGAUUAUAUAUGGCGUUGUUAGAUUUCGGUUGACAAACGUUCAGCGUGCUUAAAACGAUUCUAAAUUGAUUGUGAACUGUUAAAGACUCCACACGCGUUGUGAUUGGCUGAAAAAUAGACUGAGAGUUGUGGUCAUUUAUUUUACACUUGAACAUUUGCGAAAACGGGAGGACAGGAGGAAAUGUCUUCCCUCCUUCCAUUUCACGCCCGCUCGGGUAUUGUUCUCGCUCGAGCAUUUCCGGGGAAGAUCACGGAUUACAGUUGAGCCUCCAUUAAGCGGCAUUAAUCAAAGUCCCGAAUCAAUUGUAGAAAAUAAUGAGAACUUAAACCUCUAUUAAACGGCCACCUUUUGGCCGUCCCAACGAGGGUUCUCUCAUAGUUGUCACCUCUAAUAAGCGGCCAUCAAGCGCUUAAUCCAGUUAGUGUGGCUUUUUUUCAAGAUUAUGAUGAAGGAAAAUACAGUCCGAGAUAGAAGGUGACGACCGAUUGUGGACGAGUAAUGCUGCCCCCGUCGCGUGUUUGUUUCAAAAUGGAAAGAUGUUUCCGCUAAAGGUUAUGCUCAUGUUAUGCUAAUUUAUGACGAACCACCUUUGUGCGGCCAAGCGGCCACUUGCCAGUACUCCGAGGAAGGCCCCUUAAUGGAGGUUCAAUUGUAUUCGUAGUCUCGCUGAAAAUCUCGCCCUGUUUUCUUCACCUCCUAUUCAGUCACAACUUGUGCACCCACGAAAUUAAAGUAACAUACUCGUUUUGCUGGUAUUUGUAGCUGAUCCUUGCAGUGUGAAGAAAUGCGACCAUUUUGCCCAUUGUACCAAUGUUGAUGGCGUCGGUAAAUGUGUCUGCCCAGAGGUGUGUCCAAAAAUUUUUGCACCCGUGUGUGGAUCCGAUGGAAAUGUGUAUGACAACGACUGUCUGAUGAGAGUCGCAUCAUGUAAACAACAGAAAAAGAUCACAUUUGCCAGCAAAGAAACGUGCAGUAAGUAGACAUAAAUAUUGUCNAAUUUUUGCACCCGUGUGUGGAUCCGAUGGAAAUGUGUAUGACAACGACUGUCUGAUGAGAGUCGCAUCAUGUAAACAACAGAAAAAGAUCACAUUUGCCAGCAAAGAAACGUGCAGUAAGUAGACAUAAAUAUUGUCCAAGCAUUUUUAGUAGGUUUAACCCUUUAAGUGUCAAUAGUGACCAACAGCAAUUUUCUCCUAACGAUAUCCAUACAUUGUCAUGAGAUGAGGCUAUGAGAAUUUAUAAAAUGAACACCUAAAAGAAAAUACUUUGAUCUGUUAUCAAAUUCUCUCAACUAAUUCUUAAAGGAAAUGUAUAGAGAUCAGUUUGGAGAGUUUGUAUGUGGAUAUUGGGGCUUAAAGGGUUAACUGUCAUACUAUCUCAAAUAUAAUCGAAACCAUUCAGUAGAUAUAGUAGUGAAAGUGGAAGGUGAUCUCAGGGCAAAAAAAAAAAUCGCUCAGUUUGAGGUCUGUAUGGUCUUUAUAUCUGUGAGGUUCUUAAAGAAAUUUUUUCCUACCUUACUAAUCAUCACUGGCGUCUCGAAAUUCAAACAAUGUUCAGAGAGCAAAAUCUCAAAAGUCACUCUCUACUUAUGGGUGAUCAGCUUCCUUGCAACCAUUUCAGUGUCGUGUUAUUCCAAGGCUGAGGUUCAAACAUGCUCCAAAACAAUAAAGCCUAACGAACUAAAAGUAUUAAGCAGCUCGCCUAAUGACUGAUGAAACGUUUCCAUUUUUAAAUUUGAUGAAUUCCAUGCAAGCCAGCAAUUCCUUAUAUGAAGACGAUUAUUCCUGUUUUACUUAUUGUUACGUUAAAGGGGCUGUGUUACAAGGAUACUCCUGUAUUAGGUCAAUUCUGUGCUUAAGUCAUUGUUUUACCCAUACACAGAAUAUUCUUGUAGAGUUAUAAAGAAGAUAUGUAACAAAUUUUAUGAGUGAGGACUAAGCGCAGAAUGUUUUAGUGAUUUAUGCAGGCAUAACAUUAAACGUAAAAAAUAAGCACCAUUUUUCACGUUCCAAUCCAGGCCUACCCUUGCCAUCCAUAGCAACAGACGACAAGAAACAGUUUCAAUGCCAGAAUAUACUCUUAAAUAACAAAACUUGGGCACCAUUUUUGGAAUUCAAUUGGUGCGAAGACACGGCCUAGCUUGUUUGAGAUAUCAAUUACAGUAAAACGCCGCGAAGAAGAACCUAGGAUUUAAGAUCCUGCUGGCACAAAUUUGUCAUUUUAAUACUCCAAAAUGUAAGAACCAGUUUAGCCAAGAAAAAUCAACAGGUUCUUAUGUUGGGUUAGACUACAUUUUCAUAAACAUUUUGAACAAAAGUUUGUUAUUAUUAUUUCUAGUUUAUUUAUUUAUUUAUUUAGUCAGUCAGUUAGUUAGUUAGUUAGUUAUUAAUAUAUUUAAUAAAUGCAUAAUGUAUACAACCAUUGUUGAAAACUGCAUAUCUUCUAGCUGUUAACCUAGUUUUGUUAGAUUCUUGGUAAAUAAAUGCCUAUUAUGAAGGACCAAUACCAUUUAUAGCAAUUUCUUGUAAUCAACAGCAGUAUCCUUCUUCAUUAUUUAGACUAAACUUCCAAUAAGUACUCCAAACUAUAAGAAUCUAUUUUGCCAAACUUCAAAAAAUCUAGGUUCUUCUUUACGGCGUUUUAUUGUAGCGUGACACAGCCCCUUUAAAACAUGUGAUUAAUAUGUAUUACACUCAACAGAACCAGAUCCAUGCAAGAAAUCCAAGUGUAGUCACCCACAACAUACAUGUAUGGAGACAUCGAUAGGAGCCGUGUGCGUGUGUCCCCCAACACCAUGCACACUGGAGUUUGUACCUGUGUGUGGCUCAGACGGUAAAACAUAUCCUAACAGUUGUGUGAUGAGGGUAACGGCUUGUGAAAACAGUCAAAACAUCACUCUGGCAAGUCAGGGAGAGUGCAACACAAAUGACACAAGUAAGCAGCUAUUGAUGACAAUACGUUCGAAUUGUGGAGGAAACUUUUCGGUAACAACUUCUUACGGUAGCAAUUGUUUAUAGACUUUUGCUGGAGCCGCUAAUUGACUUGCGUAAAGUUUGCGAUCGACUGCAGUAGUUAUUCUGGAAACCUGUAAUAAGCGUGACAAAAGAACCCUGUUCAUACGUCGCCACCUUUUCUGCUAGUAGUUACGAGCCCGACCUAACACCUUUGAUAUUUGCUAAGCCGUGUUGUGUACCGUACUGAUUUAAUUUCAGACCCCUGUGAUGUGCCAUCCCUGUGUACACACCCCUAUCAUCAGUGUCAAUUGGUGGGUACCAAAGCAGUGUGUAUGUGUCCAAUGAUUAUUCCAGCAAACCUGGCGCCAGUGUGUGGCUCUGAUGGACUGACAUACCCUAAUGCAAAAGCACUCGAAAGCAUGAGCUGUCUGGCAAACAGAAUCGUUGACGUACAGUAUGAGGGGGAGUGCAUUGGUGAGUCCUAACCUUCUUUGAGCGGAUACCUCUCCUAAGCCAACUGGUUUUCUGGUCGCAAGAUUAGAGAUUCUAAGACGAUUCUAAGACGACGACUGCGAGAACGAGAUUGUCUCAUAUACUAAGUAGAGUGCGCAUAAACCAGCGUCAUUUUGGCGGGAAAGCAUAGUAGCCGUCGUCAUUCCACCACAGGUUUUAGUGUCGCAAUGAAGAAAACCGGUUAUUUAGCAAUUAAUGAAUUCGGCUUUCGUAGAAUAUGACGAAUUAAGCAGAUCGGCCAAGGUUGAUAACACCCUCCGAGAUCUGCUUAAUUCUUCAUAUCCUACGAAAGCCGAAUUCAUUAAUUGUUUUUUUUAUUCAUUCGAAAUACUUCCUAGUGUAAAACCAUAGCUAAAACAUGCUUACCUGCGUCGAUGUUAAGUUCAUCUUCGAUAGUGUACGUUUAGGUUUUUCCUGCUCCGCAAAUAUUCUCCAAAUAGCAGAUGUCGCCCUCCGAGUUGUCGUCUUGCUGUUUUUGCCAUGUUUUUACUAUUAUUUCGCCUAGUUCCAGCUGUAGUUCUUACUUCAUGAAACGAGUGAAAUGUCCGCCAUUUUUUUUUCACAACCAAAACAACUCAACCUCGUUUCCAGGUCUUCUCGGUAACGGUGACUUAACCUGUAGCGGGCUCAUUUUUAACGUCAUUUCCUCUUUGAACACAGAAUUCAUCCAAAUUUGGUUAUCAGUGACUGGUUAUGGUGAAUUAUGCGUGUGCUUUUAGCCAAUCAGAAUUGGGGAAAUAUUUUGAAUGAAUAAUAACAGAUGUUAACGUUUUAAGACAGAAUCCGUCAGGAAAUUGAGUAAUUCUAAUUUCCAGUGGACAAAAACCUUGUACCAGAAUAAUUUAAAGCACAUCGCAUUCUUUUGUACAUUUUUCAAGGGCUAAAGAUGUAAUUAGUCAUCUGUAGAAACACCAAAGAAAAUUUCUUAUGGGAGCCCUAGAAAAUAGAUGUCAAACAUCACAAAAUGACAUCUUACAAUUGACAUUUUCAGAGUUUUACCUCUGUUUUUACAAUUCUGGUGAAAUUUGACAUUUAUUUUCUCGGGCUCUCAUAAGAAAUUUUCUUUGGUGUUACUAGAGAUGACUAAUUACAUUUUUAGCCCUUGAAAAAUUAAAAAGGAAUGCUCUACUUCUUAAAUUAUUCUGGUACAAGGUUUUUGUACUCAAUUUCUUGGUGGAUUCCGUCUUAACAUUUUGUGUUCGGGAGAGUGCUUAACCACCUUCAAUAACAAUUACCUUGUUAACUUUUCUGAGAAUUCGCGAAAAAAAAAACUCGCGUCCUCUGUUUAUCUUCGUCUUCAAAUCUAAAAGUCUUUAUUAUUUGCUUUCGGGAGGUGGACAUUUCAUUGAAGUUUCAUCUUUUUCAACUAGAGUGCUAUGACGUAGAAAAGUUUGGUAUUUGGGAUAAGUGCUUGCUUACCGACAACAGGUGGCUACUCUUGGAUGUUCGACUAUAUAGAUUUAGUUCUUGUUUUCACAAGGUGAAGAUGGGAUUUUUUAUACUAACUGAGAGCAAGCUCAUUGGCCGCGUUUUGUAUCCUGGUUUUUGUUAGUUUUGCUGUAGAAUUAAUGUUAUGUCUUAUGUGUUAAGUUUGCACUGAACAAUUGGCAACGGAAUAUAUUGUAGAUUUCGGACUUAACUUUGCUAUAUUUUGGUAUUGAUGAGGCUAAUUAAAAUUACUUUUCCAUUUACAAUAGUUCCAACAGACCCUUGUGACAUUUCGCUAUGUAGUCAUUCUCGGCAUCAGUGCCAGGUGGUGGAUGGCAUGGCAACCUGUGUCUGCAAUGAAAUCUGCCCGCUUAUCUUGAUGCCUGUCUGUGGAUCUGAUGGCCAGACAUACCCGAAUAACUGCUCCCUUGAGGUUGAAGCAUGCGUGACUGGCAAAGAACUUACCGUGGUUGCAAUGGGAGAAUGCGGUAAAAAUAAGUUAUCAUAUUUACAUUAUUCUCAAUCCCAACACUCCUAAAUGUUGCCUAAGUCAAAAUUAGACAUAUUUUCAAAUUUCAUCUUGUAAAUUGCUGAAAAACAAGUAGCAGCAUUUGAAAGCACGGAAAGAGACGUUUUUUUUCAAGGGUCACACCACGGGAUUUCAAGUUAGAUGCACCUUACAAGACUCUAUCAUUCACUCUGGGAGUGCAAAGCGAAACCAUAAUUAAUGGCGAAACAUACGAUCAACUUGCAGCACGAGUCGUAUCAUGUAAAUCAGACGUACAACAAUUAUCUGUUAUUGUACGGUUUGAUUAAGUCGACACUGUUCUCGUUGUGAGCUAAUUGAAGAAUAUCGCAUGCGUCUAAGGUAUAGCGUGUAAAUAGGCCUUUAGAGUUUCGUGGCUGGUAAUAUUUGUAUUUGUUAGUUCGAGUUUCUUAAGUUUAGCGUACAUUUUAUUUGACUUUCUGGAUACUAAAUCAGUGGUUGGCACCCAUGGUCAUGACCUCUGCGUUGGCAGAAAAUGAGUACUCGUCAGGAGGAGGGCAAACGGCGGUUAAGGUUUUGGGGGGCGGGGCAGGGUCUGUUAGUUAUGGUAUUCCAUUUGGUUCUUGGGCAAGAUGUCAACUGGUAAAUUGCCCUGUCUCCUCUUCCAGUUGCAAUAUUCAUUUAUUUUAUUAUACUUUACUUUGUUUUUCUUUAUCUAACGUACUUUAUAUUUUUAUGUUCAUAUUUAACAAUUAUUCGCCGAAGGCGAAGUUAAUAUUGUUGAAUAAUCCCCGAGACGAAGUCGAGGGGAUUAUUCAACCAUAUUAACUGAGCCUGACGUGAAUAAUUGUUUUAGUAUAUUCACACGACGUGAUCUCAACAGAAUCAGAAAGGAAACCAUUAAAAACACGAUUAGUUUGAUUGACGAGUGAAUUCUUGCGCGAACAUGUAGCCGUAAACAGCAGAUGCAUAACAACAGUAUUUUCAAACAUGGCAAAUCAUAGUUUUAAUUGUUUUGUAAACUUUAGCAUCAGUGAUUGAAAAGAAAGCGUUGAAAGUUUAAAUAACUCCCCUUUCUGAGAAGAAACACAGAGCUUUAUUUGCUUCUGUCAACUCACCGUGAAUGAGACAGUUUUUUUGUCGCUUCUUGCAAAUGCUGUUAACAGCGGCUACGAUCGAGGUGAGCGUGUUCCUUGCCAUGUUAACUUGCUGGCACGUACAAUUUUUUGAAAAUAUUUGCUUUCCUUCUUUUCUCCGUAAAUUAACUUCCAUUUCCAGGCAAAAUUGGUCUUGCGAGGAAAUCCCGAGUUCACAAAACAGUGACAAAGCGGCCUCCUUUUCCGCUGUGGUGGUCAAUAAAAACAUUGCUUCAAGCGUAUGAAAGUUAACUACAGUAGAUCACUUCGCAAAAAUCACGCUGUUUACACACCAUGAAGUCUUCUCUUACCUUCAAAAUCAUCAACUCUGGGAUAUUCUUGUAUUUAAAAAAAGUUCUUACUCUGCCUGGCAAAACACCCAGUUCACUACAGCGAUUUUGUUUUGCUUUAUAUUCACCGCCCAGCGCGGUGAAUAUAACGUCAUAGUCCGAGAUAGCGAACCAAUCAGAUUGCUUGAAUCACCAAGAUCAUUGAGUGUGUGUAUACUAAUAACUAAUAACAUGCAACGAAUUCAAUAAAGUGAAGUAAAGGAUUUCGUUUUAACGGUUAGCGCCAAUCGCUGAUGUUGUGACCCACCCAUUCUGUUACGCUGCCAAACUUUUGAGUGAGCUGGAUUUUUUUCCUUUAAUAGAUCAGUGUGCAAACAUGGUGUGCCCCGAUCCGAGAAAGUAUUGUAGAGUGAUGAACGAUUCGGCAAGCUGUGUAUGCAAUGAGAUCUGCACGUCUGACUGGCGUCCUGUUUGUGGAUCGGAUGGUAAAACGUAUCCAAAUGAGUGCAGUCUGGAAGUGGAAGCUUGUACAACCGGCAAGAAACUGAGGAAAGUCCAUCCUGGAGAAUGUGGUAGGGGUAAUAUAUCAGUUAAAAUAGUACUGGUGUAAACUUUCUUUUUCGCAGAUUGUUUUACUUGUAGACUCAAUUUAUCUGCUAAGGUCUCCUUUCUCCACAUGAUCUUAAGCCAUGCAAAAUUUCCCUCGUACAGUCAACUGCAUAAACAACAAAUAAAUGAAAUUUUGAAAAGGAAAGUGGGGGGGGGGGACUUUACAAGAUAACUAUGCAGGAAUUCAGUCUCAGGGGUCGAUUGUUAGCAGAUAUUCCUUUAGUUCUUGUCCUGACUCCACGUUGAAAAGAUGCAUUGUGAUGAUUAGAGGUAUUUUGUUCCAAAAGACAGCAGCAGCGUAUCUAACAGUGACUUUGCCGUAAUGAGGUCUAGGUCGCUGGAUAAACAUUUGCAGUUGUCCCAACUGUAAUUUGCUGAUUUCAGUGAUAUUUUAUAUGCCUAAUCUACUAAACAGUGGUCUAUCCUAAGGUGUGAUCAUUCAGAUAAAACUUCUUCAACAGUACUUUCGCAUGAUUUCAUUUAUUUUCUAAGUAGUUCUAACUUUUCGAGUCUGUGGAGGGAUUCCUUACCAUUCAAAUGAAACUCUUUGGUAGUACUGUUACAUCGUACUAUUUUUUCUGCAUUUAAUAAACGGAACAUUCAACAUUUUUAGGGGAAUUUUAACUUCAGGCACUUCUCGAAGUGAAAAGGCUUAAUCAGUUCUUUGUCUUUGCAUUUCAGCGGAAAAGUUAACCUGCCCUCGUAUUGAUCCUACGCCUGUUUGUGCACGGCCUUCGAAACCCAACUGUUUUACAGGUGGACCCAAGUGUGGUGGUGGAAAGGCUUGUUGUCUUGAUCAUGACUGUACUCAUAAGUGUGUCGACCCUGCUUUACCCGAUGGUAAGUUGGUAUUAAAACAAAUAUUUCGGUUCCUUGAAAAUCGCGGACGUUUAACUUUGAAAUUGAAAUUUUUUUUGAAAGUCGCGGAAAGGUAUAAUUUUGAGAGGAGCUUUUAAACGUUUCGUAUACUGAUUAGUGGGGGUGGGCAAUCCUAGAAUCGCUGAAGGAGAUUCGUUGCAUUCAAAGAUUUUUAUAGAUUUGUUUAUUGUUUACUUUAGGCAGUAGACCAGGUGAAUGUCCAAAGCUAAAUCCAAUACCAGGAUGUGCAGCAGUGAAUGGUUGUGUGUCGGACGGUAUUUGUAAUCUUGGAGAGAGAUGCUGCCUUCAAACAAACUGCACCAAGAAAUGUGUCAAGGUUGUUGUUCCACCACCACCCCCACCACGUCCCAAACCCAAACCCGGUGAGUAUAAACUAUGACAUGCUUUCUAUUUCAGUCCGUUUAUUGGGUGGGGAUGGGGAGGGACUUAAAAAUAAGACAAACAUACGUCCAGAUAGUAAAUUUUCCGAAUGAAGUGCAUACCGAAACUCCGAGCAAAGAAACUCGUUUAAUCUUCGCGUCUACUCGGGCCUUUGUGCUAGGGACGUAAUACAUAACAUCCCCUCCUUCAAACUUCAUGGUUUUAAUCGCUUCCUGGUCAGUACAACGAAGUUCAGUGGAAGUACCAUCAAAGUCCCCGCCCCCACCCCACCUCCACUGGUGGCGGUUGACGUUUCAUUUCCACAAUAAUCAGCAUGUCUAUUGGCCGGUCGAUUGUGGUUACUUUCCAUAACUUUGUUUCCCAUGACAGGGAAAUACGUAUGCAGAGGAAUAUUUUACUACCUAUCGUAAUAUCUCCUAUAUUGCUGGAACUUAACCUUGCCUAAAAUUAAAGUGUUAUUUUGUCAUAUUUUCAGCUGGUAAGUUGACCUGCCCUCUCAUUGAUCCAAUGCCUGGCUGCGCACGGCCUUCCAAACCCAACUGUUUUACAGGUGGACCUAAGUGUAGUGGUGGAAAGGCUUGUUGUCUUGAUCAUGAUUGUACUCAUAAGUGUGUCGACCCUGCUUUACCCGAUGGUAAGUUGGCAAACAAAUAUUUUUGUUCCUUGAACAUUGUGACCCUUUUGACAACUGGAUGUUGCUUUUUGAAAGACGCGGAAAGGUAUAAUUUUGUGAGGGGCUUUAAAACGUUUGGUGUACUGAUUAAUUAAGGGUAGGCAAUUCCAGAAUCGCUUUUGGAGUUUUGUUGCUUUCAAAAGUUUUUACUAAUUUGUUUAUCGUUUACUUUAGGUAGUAGACCAGGUGAAUGUCCAAUGCUAAGUCCAAUACCAGGAUGUGCAGCAGUGAAUGGCUGCGUGUCGGACGGUAUUUGUAACCUUGGAGAGAGAUGUUGCCUUCAAUCAGACUGCACCAAGAAAUGUGUUAAGGCUGUUGUUCCUCUAACCCGACCCAUGCGCCCACAUGGUAAGUACAUGGAAAAAAAUAUAACGAUGGCGGGACUCUCAAUUCAAGUUUUUGUUGUCUCCCCAAAACAAAAUCAAAGUGAAAACUUUGGUGAGCUCGUGGAUACGUUGUUUGCAAAAUAAAAUCAGUAAAAUAUUUUCUAGGUUUCUUUUUUGUUGAAAUGGCAUACUCAAGAAAAAUUCCGACUGCCGUACAUGUACCUGUCAAAACACACUCCCAGUAACUCCGAUUUCAUUUUCUAUCAAGAGAAGAUACUUAGAAAACGUUUAUUUUCCAAAUGUAGUGCGAACAGGAAUGUGCGUAAAUAUUUAUUUCGGCUCGUCACUUUUUAUUGACUGUUUUCUUGUUUAUUUUAAAAUUCGUCAAGGGGUAUUCAUCUUAGAGAAAAAGCAUUCUAUGGGCAAACCAAAGAAGGGCAAUUGUAACCCACCGUGUCAUCCUUAUGGAAACUGCGUAAAGGUCAAUGGAAAAUACACUUGUUCUUGUGCCAGAGCUUGUCCAAGGAUAUACAGCCCUGUGUGCGGUACAGAUGGAGUCACGUAUAGUACCGAGUGUAUGCGGAUGUAUUUGGUUUGUAAAAAGGGCACUGAUGUUAGGUUCAAGCAUUCAGGAAAGUGCAGGGAAGGUCUGUAUUGCUUGUAAUUCUUUCUUAGAUAGCGACUUGUAGUGCAAUAAACAUCAAUGCAUGGUUACCUAAACUGUUGAAAGUGCUGAGGUUUUGUUGGCUUGACCUUACGUCGAGUGAGAACACCAAAUAACGAAUACCAGGUUCAAGUUCUCGUUAUUUCGCACUAUUCAAGUUGAUAUAGUAUAAGAUGGCUUACAGAAUCAGUAGGUUAACAAAUGAUGAAAAGUAAAUAUAAUAUACAGGUUUGUUGAUAUGUGCAUAGUGACCAAAGUAGCCGAAGCUUACGUGUUGGUCACAUCCGUUCCAUUCAUCCGUUAGACAAGGUUGUUUGAUUUGGGUACGCGUUUAUGGCUCGUCUACUCAUUUACUUUUUGCUAAGGAAGCUGUGUAUUCCUUAUUUCUCAAACGUGACCAGAGAAGUUUCAGGGGAAAUUAACUUUUUAUUAUACACAAGGUAUGGAUCGAAAAGUAUGUCUAGAAAAAAGAGAGAUUUAGAACCACGUUUACGGCCACAAAGGUUGAUUUGUACUAUCAUUUUUAUUAAUUUUUUUCUUUUUAUACUCUUUUACUGGUUACUAUAUGUAUAUCUACACAAGAAUUACUACAGUCUCAACAAAAGUAGUUGGGACACUUCAACCCAACGCUGUUUUUUUACUUUCUGGCCCGUCUCCUCGUCCUCCCAAUGUCCCUUUUUGUUAGUUUUAAUGUACUCAAUUUCUUAUUUGAGAAAUUGUCAACGUUAACCUCAUGUUCCCCGUUUGCCCUAUUAACUUGAUUAUUAAUCUCUUUCCUGUCUCUGUACCGUCAAACACACGGCAACUGAGGCAGCGUGGCCGAACGGUUAGUGCGCUACAAUUUCAAUCCGGAGGUCCCGAAUUCAAUCCACUCCCUAACCAACCUCGUUCCCAGGGUUCUCUCUUGCCCGUAGGAGAGAAGCCUGGGAACGAGGUUGCGCCCUAACCUGUGGCUGGGUCCCGAGAUCAACUCCUCGGUCACCGUUGUAAACAGGCAACUGAUCUGCCUGCGGCCAGUUGGAAUUCUUAAAGGAGCUGUGUCACGAAAUUCAGCCAAAUUAGGUUAUUGUAAGAUGCCCGUUAAAUUAAAAGAAACAUAAAAAUAACCGCUUAAAACAUUAAGGUGACUCGACCCAGUUUUUUUUAGGGGGUACCAUCCUACUUUGAAGCUCUCUGGUAUCCCCACCUUUAAAUUUAUCGUAAGUCUAACAUAUAGAAUGGAUAACAUAUAGAUCAAUCUACAAUAUAACAUAAAAUUUUUGGCGAUCGGAGUAAAUGUCACGUGGUUAUACUGCCACGCCCCUUUGAGGUCUGAGUCGAAAAUCUGCUGUUGCCGGCAUUUUUUGGUGAAAAUCUCUCGGCUUCACAUAGUGCGCAUUAGUGCCUUGCGCUGAACAGCGUUUCACCAAAAUCGCAAAGACCCAAUUCGAGAAAUUCAGCGGUUUCCAAAUUUAGGUCAUAAUUUAUGCGAAAAUGAUAAGCAAACUUUACACGGAUUAUAUCUAAUAAACUAUGAGCUGCAUUUUGGGCAUCCUUAUAACAGAUGGGUCCUUGCAAGUCAGCAAAACAAUUUAGGGCCUUGUAAAUGCGCGCGAUUUCGAGCAAAGCAAACAUUUAGAAAUUAUAGUUUUCGCUAUUUGUUGACGUUUGUCAGCGUUUAAGAGUCAAUCUCACGAAAAAAGCAUUUUCUUAAAAAUUCGUAGUUUUUUUUUCCUUCAAACUUUUUCAGGGCCACAAUUGAUUACCUAACAACCCGGACUCUGAAUUUCAUGGUCAUUGAAAAACUGUGACAUUAUCUUCUAUAAGCCCAAACUUGAGUAAACAUUGAAGAUUUUAGCGUUUUGGCUGAGUUUGUGCUUUGGGAGUUGUCUAUUGUUUCUAGUCUGUCAUUAUACAGCAUUCUUGUUCCGCACGGGUGCAAUGACCGCGCUUGGCUGACUUAUGAUUAAAAAUUGUGAGUUAAACCUCUACGUAUCACGCGAUGGCCUGUCUCACUGUACCAAAAUUAUCAUAUUUUGGUGAAACUCUGUUCAGCGCAAGGCACUAAUGCGAACUAUGUGUAGCCUAGAGAUUUUCACCAAAAAAUGCCGGCAACAGCAGAUUUUCGACUCAGACUUCAAAGGGGCGUGGCAUUAUAACCACGUGACAUUUACUCCGAUCGCCAAAAAUUUUAUGUUAUAUUGUAGAUUGAUCUAUAUGUUAUCCACUCUACGUGUAAGACUUACAAUAAAAGUAAAGGUGGGGAUACCAGAGAGCUUCAAAGUAGGAUGGUACCCCCUAAAAAAAACUGGGUCGAGUCACCUUAAAGGAAGGUUAAAAUUACGCAACAGAUACAACAGCUACCACGGAUGGGCAAUACUGAAGAAGAUUGAAACGGAUUGAAAUCAGGGUUUUUGAAAACUGCCCAGCCUAACAGUUUUUCAAAGUUUAUCUCUGCUGUUUGCAGCUUCAAAAAUAAUGCUCAGGGGACAUGUUUAUUUGUCUCUUAUCUCUUAUUUGUCAUUUACAUGUAAUUUGUUUGCCUACUUUAAGGGCGAAUAAUUGGCAAAAUAAAACAAAAUGAACUGGACUGCGGUGACACAGCCCCUUUAACCUUGUGAGCCACAAUGAAAGCUAUUGGUUUACCAGUACAUGCAAUUGUGUCACUCCAAAAAGGUUAGUUUUCAGCUUCUUAGCAGAAUGUGCUAAUCUUCAUCUCCAGAGAAACAUGAAGACCAGUGCCCUGUUCUGAACCCCACCCCCAUGUGUGCUUCGGUCACUGGCUGCUCAAAUCACUCAGAAUGUCAAGAGGGUGAAAAAUGCUGCUUGGGACGAGACUGUGUUCGAACUUGUGUGGCUAAGGCCAAACCAGGAAAGUGCCCCGUCAUCAAGCGGUUACCUUGUCCUUUGAUUCUCAAGCCUGAUGAGUGCACCACCGACUGGGACUGCGCUGGUGAUCUUAAGUGUUGUUCCGAUGGAUGUACUAAAGAAUGCUCUUCUGGGUUUCUGACGGAAAAGAGAGGUGGGUUGAUGUGUGUUAAAUAGCAACUCUCAGGAUCUGAUUAAUAAUUAGCCUUUCUUUCUGCUAUAGAUUUUAGUGAACAAUAACUGAGAGAAUUCGGGAUAAUAUCAAUAAGUUAUCAUAUGGCUGCUCAUUUUGCCUACUCUCAUCGCCUUUCUACUCGGCAAUCUAUUUGAUAUUAUAAGGAGAAGUUAAAUGUCAAUCAUUUCUAUGAGUUAAAGGGUUAAUGGUUAUGUGUCACUCAGUUUGGGCAGUUAGCCGCUAGAAACUGGCCUCUUAGCUGAGUGAAACAAAACUUCGCAAAGUGGACAGAACUGUUGUGGCACGGGGCGUUACCUUUCAAGCCGUAGUCAGACAAAAACGCAGUUUAUUCAAGUGUCAAUGUAUUUACACGAAAGUGCUAACUGAGGGCACUGUUUUUAACGUCUCCUACGUUGAGAUGGGACCGUCAUUUCUACGUGCUCAGCGCUAUCCACGCCACAGAAUGUCUAGCCGCUUGUCAGGUAAAGGUCUGAUCAGAGCGGACAUAGCCUGCGUAGCAGGCGCUUGGAAAUAGUGGGCGAAAGAGAGAACGGGCGCGCGCGAGGGAGACACGCGAGGCGUGUCUCCUUCUCGCGCGCCCGUUUUUUCCUGUGCCCACUACUUCCAAGCGCCUUCCACGCAGGCUAGAGCGGACAUGAACCUAGGGAAUCCAUCUGGCAAGGCCGAUGCCCUUGCCAUUCGGCAUUGGUGACUCAUAGUCGUUUCCAUAAAGCGAAACCCAAACUUAAGCAGCCACUUUAUUUUUGUCUUCCUUAGCUUCAGAGAAUCCUUGCAAGUUUUCAAUGUGCAGAUAUCCUCGUCCAGUCUGCAAGGCCAUCGGAAAGAAAGCUACGUGCCAGUGCCGAAAGAAAUGCCCGAGACAUUACGAUCCAGUGUGUGCUUCAAAUGGGGAAACAUACAACAACAUGUGUUUGCUGGAAUUGACUGCUUGUUUAUUGGAGGACACAGGCAUGCCAGCUGAAAAACUAACGUACCUUGCUAAUGGAAACUGUACAGGUAGGAAUUGUGGCGGAUCUCGCACAUACUUCAAAAACUGUUUCUCUCAAAGGAUUGUAUAUCUCCGUUUUAAAACUGUCCAGUCCAAUCUUGGGGACACUUUAACACACGCGGCGAUGAAACCAGUCUAAUAAAACGAUCGAAGUGAACGAUUCAAAGCAAGUCCCUGAUAUAACUGUUUAAUCAACAAACAUUAGCUUACAUUGUGAUUGUACUCAAGGCUAUCAGUUAUCUCCCGGUUCUUUUCCUUAAGUCACGUGUACAGUAAAUUCCUGAGUUCAGAAUGUUGUAUCUAAAUUUAGGUACAAUUGCAUACUAUCUCGGCUUCUCCUUAAUUCACUUUGUAAGUGUACUCGUUAAUAGCUUUUCCUUCCCAACACUGCAGAAGGCCAAAGUAUUUCAUACAUUUCUUGUAAGAUUGAAUUAAUUCAUAAUGGUUUUCCUUUUAUUUUGUUCCCUUAACAGUGGCGCAGAUCUGCAGUCUUCCACCUGAAACAGGUCGCUGUCGAGCUUCAAUGAAACGAUUCUUCUUUAAUGCAACCUCACGUAAAUGUGAAGAGUUUAGAUUCGGUGGCUGUGAAGGAAAUGCCAACAGAUUUGACAGCGAGGAGGAAUGCCAAGACUACUGUGGAUGUAAGUUAGCUGGGAAAAAUAUUUGGACUUAAGGUGAACGUUAAUUUGCAUUUCAAUCGGCAUACUUAUAGUCCCAGUGCAUCAACAGUUCGAUUUGUAUCGUUGUCGUUCCACAGAGUUCAAACGAUGCAAUGUUGCUUUGAAGGACGAAAUUUAUUCCAUACUAUCAUGAGUGAGAAAAUACUCCUUAAUUUUGGCGCAAAUUUUCAGCGUUAAUUCAUAACUUCACAUGUAAAAAGUACAAAAUUACUUUUGCAAAGUUCCCUAUGUCUUCGUGCCAAGAUGGCGUCAAUGUUUAAAAUUGAAAUGAAUGAAAAUGCCAGCGCAUUAAAAGACGCUCCACAAAACCUAAACACACGGAAAAGCAAGAAGGAUCAAUUCACAGAUAUUUUGUCGGAAAAUUAUGAACUUAAGUCAAAACGUACGCUCUAAACUUUUCAGUUUGUCAGUAAGUAGAGUUCUGAAUUCGAUAAACAAAUCAAAAACCCACGAUUGUGAGAGUAAUUUGUCACCCAUGCUAUAAAAGUAAAGGCUAGGGAAAUUGUUAGGAUUUAGACAAAACGCGCGCGAAACUUAUUCCUUUAUUUCACUCGUCACUCUGAUUACGCAUGCUUAUCUUAUUUUCAGCCUUGAAUGUGUGUGAUUUGAAGCCUUGCCCUGAUCCGUAUGCCCGCUGCAGUAUUUCUGUCUCUGGAGAGCGUCAGUGUUCGUGUCCACAGAUCUGCACAGCAGAUUACAAUCCAGUGUGUGGAACUGAUGGUCAGACGUACAGCAAUGAAUGUCAAAUGCGAGUCGCAGCCUGCAGCCAUGGAAUGAUGAUAAAAAUCAAAUCCAGGGGAAAAUGUAAAAGUAAGAGUUGGAUUUUUGCACUCUAGCUGAGAGAAAAUUAACAAACUGAUGCCAGUUGUUUAUGUGUUUGUCCUCUUACUGAUGAUCAUUCGAGUCAUAACAUUGUGAAAUUGUUGUGAAUCUUUGAGACGCAAACCGUGUUUCUCAGCCAGGAAUCGCUUCAUCUACAAAACUAAAAAUAGUCGUUUGAGCCUAGCAAAUCAUCAGGGUUGUCAUUAACAUUUUAAGUUUCUGGGUAUAUGCAAUUUAUAGGCGGGAAAUUGAACAGCUAGUUUCAUUUUUUUUUUUUCCUUUUUGUUUCCUCUCCAAGUAGCCGGGAGUCGUGCUCAUAGUUGCUAGGGGCCCUUAGUGACACCCCUGAAUCAUACUAUUGUUAACGAAGUGCGAGGUCUGUUUUUUACUUUGAAGAUGCCACUUAGUCUUGUCGUAAGCUUGGCAAACUAUGAGCGAGUAAUUUUCACUCUCCCGAGCGGCACCUCCAACAUUAAAACGUAGUAUUCGAGUGAAUCAGUGGAAAGAAAUCAAAACCGAAUUACUUUUUGCAAUUUUUCGGAGGCAUAAACACGUGGCGUGAAGUUUCAAGUUGCAAUCUUCUUAGCCUGAGAAAACACCUGAGAUUUCGCGACGCCACGAGUGGUUUCCCCACAAAAUAACGACUGAGAAACGAGUACAAAAAUUUCAUACUGAUGACGCGUCACUAUUCAGAUAUGGGAAGUGCUUCUGAUUGGUUCAAAAUUUGCUUCAAACAAUCAGAUGUACUACCCAGAUCUGGGUAGGGACGCGUCAUCAGUUUGGAAUUUCUACGCUCUUUUCUCAGACGUCAUUUCGCGACGGUGGCGUCGCGAAAUCUCGGGUGUUUUCUCACGCUACAAUCCUUUCCCUUGUCUUUCUCCUAGAUAGUUUAAUAGUACUUAUAUACAGUUCCGUGUAAACAAAACAGGAGUGUUGUAGUUUUGUUUACAUACCUGCAAAUAAUUAAUAUACCGUAAAAUUCCGAAAAUAAGCCCCUCCAUGUAUAAGCCCCUCCAAAUAUAAGCCCCCCAAACCGGUAACGCGAAAAACCCUCCGUUAAAUCGCCCCUCCAAAUAUAAGCCCCCCGGGGGUUGUACUUGGAAAAUUGCCCUCAAAUACAAAGUAAAAGGGUUAAUUUACUUCCAACUAUAAGGCUAGCCCAAUCGAUUUUGAAACGCAAAUUUCCCUCCGUAGAUAAGCCCCUCCAAAAAUAAGCCCCUCAAAAAGGGCCUUUGAAAAAUAUAAGCCCCGGGGCUGAUUUUCGGAAUUUUACGGUAUCUUUAGUUUUUCCAUACUCGUAAGAGUGCCCUUAUAAGCUGUCUGCUCCUACAAUUAAUUACAAGAAGACAUGGGAAUUGUGUUGAAACAAUUGUAUUAUCUAUUGACGUGCUGCCAGCCAUAUGGUUUGCUAGGAAAUCUACACAGUUGGCUACUUCUCACACUUCUUCUUCUUCUCCUUUUUCAUCACAGACAACCCAGGCUUCUGUCCUUCUGUGGACCCACGGGUGUGCUGGGAUGGUCAUGAAGAUGAAUGUUUUGAUGACGCAAGCUGUGACGCAGAUGAAAAGUGUUGUCAUGAUGGCUGCAAGAAGAACUGUAUCAAACCUUUAUCAGUACCAAGGCGUGGCCCUCCCCGACCAGCUCUACCACGUAAGUAGUGUAGUGUGUGCAGUAAACACCCGCCUGUAACAACAACAAAAUUGGUUCUUGUAUUUUGGGAUACGUAUUGGCAAUUAAGGCCAAGUAGGUUCUUCAUUUCUAUGAAGGAGAUGUAGUUGUUGGCUACCAGAAAAAUAACGAAACUUGAGUUUGGUUCAGAAAUAUACAGUAAUUAUUCCCAACUGUUCAUUACAAACCUCCUUUAUGCAAGGCCCGUGAAGACAAUUACAGUCUGUGCUUCUUAUAAACUUGUUUUCGCUGUAGGAAUAAGAGGAAUACUUGUGUUAGUUAUUACAGUUUGGUAGAGUAUUUUCUUGUAAUAUAAAUUUGCAAUCUCAAAUUCAACUCGUUUGUUAAGAUGUUUUGCAUAAUUUAACUGAAACCCAUAAAUAAGAACCUGCUUGAUCUUGCUUGGUUAAACAGGUUCUUGUAUUUUUGGGUAUUAAAGUGGCAAAUUUCUGCCAGGAGUCCACUAGGUUCUUAUACGCGGGGUGUACUGUAUCAGUAGGAACCUGUUUAACCCGUUAAGCCCCAAUAUCCACAUACAGAUUCUCCUCACUGAUUUCCAUACAUUUCCUUGAAUUAUUAGUUGGGAGAAUUGAUAAUCAAACAUUUUUUCCUUUGGUGAUCAUUUGAUUGAUUCGCAUCACCUUUUUCUCUUAAUGAUAUAUGGAUAUUGUUGAAAUAAAAUUGGUGAUGGUUACUCUUGGGACUUCAGUUAAAAUUGCUUUUUCCUCGUAAGUUGACAUUUCAAUAUGGUUAACUCUGCGAACUAACGAUAAUUUGCAGUAAGAAUAAUAUUGUAGUAUAAUAAAGUUUUGUGUCACCCGAAGCAAAAGAUAAGGACUUAGAUGGGGAGGAUAGUUGUUAUAAGCCUCUAAGAGCUCCAUGCUAAGCCAAAGCGCAAGACGCUAAGUAAGGGGAUGGCGACUUUUGAAAGUGACGACUAAGUGCGAAUUAAGUUGAAUUCAACAUACACAGCAACGUAUAGCUAGUCACCUUAGAGUGUUGCAGCGUGGAUGAAAAUACUUGUCACGUGACGUUUUGAAGCGCAAACCCCAGCCCGAGGCUAGGACUAACCCUAACUGUUGAACUAACUCUCUUGAAGGUCAAAGCACCAAUACUUAUUUUGCAAUCCCAAGAAAGCCCCUUGGUUAGGGUCAAACUGGCCCUUACAUUUCCUGGGGGUGUCAAAUAUUUAGGUCACGUGAUGAAAAUCGUUAACUUAAAAAGAGAUAACGAGCUGUACCUUGUGCGACAGAUUAUAAUCACGUUAUAACGUGCUUGUUUAUUGAAGGAAUGGUUCCGCACCGUUUACACAAAGUUUCUCCCGCUAAAGACCCAUGUAAAAAGUGCAAGUUCCCAAAGACCUUUUGUUCAAGGGAUAAGAAUGACACAGCGGAAUGCUUGUGUCUACAAUUUUGCACUCGGGAAUUUGCACCAGUCUGUGGCACGGAUGGACGUAACUAUAGCAACAAAUGCCAAUUGGAAGUGGAAGCAUGCAAACCAGAGAACAUUCGCACCUUAAAGGUUAAACACCCUGGACCGUGUGGUAAGUAAUGGGAGUAAGCUACGGAAUAUCUAACAAAACGAUUCCAUGUUACCGCGCGCUUGUUCAGUGAUAGAUCAUAGGUGACGACAAUUGGGGUGAGAACAAACAAUGUGACAAGCUAGCCGUAGGCGGUAGUCGAAAGUUGAUUUAAAAUUUAGGCAACCUUGCUUCAUGGGUUCUUCUUUCGUUUCUUGUAAACAGCUCCUGUUAACCUUCACUACCUCAAUACCAAAUUAUCUCGCAAAGGUUUGAAAACUGCGCGUCGUGUUGAACAAAAUGAAGCUAACGUCAAGUUCCGUAGCGAGUAAGGUAGACGAACUGAACGUAUUCCAGGAAUGUUUGUUGUGUUACGAGCAGUCAAAACAAAGAUCAAGACACGCGAGCAGGUCACAAGAACAGGGUUUUCAUUUGAGGCCGGAGGCCGGACGUUUCGUCCGGUCGUUUGCCAUUCCACGUCCGGUACUUUGAGAUCAAUAUUGGCGAUUUUUUUUUACUACUGUAUUAUAUAUUUUUCUUACUAAGGCAUCUCAUGAACAUACUGACUAGAGGAUAACAGAAUAAUCAAUUACAUUCUUCAAAACGGCCAUAUAACUCUUUUUUCUUUGCUUAUUGAGCGGCGGGAUAUUUUAUUGGUUUCCCCUCUUCAUUUAAACGGAAUUGAAGUGACUAUUUCGUUCUCAUUCCUGCUCGGCCAAGUCUUGAGGGAAAUCCCCAGGUAAAACAAAAUUCUGUUGUUGCCAUUCUCCCUCCCCCUCCCCCUACCAACUGACCAUUUUCAUUCAGUAAUUUACUUUUUAAAGAGAAUUUUAGUGAGCGCCAGCAUUGCCUAGGAAACUGUUUCCUUGGUUCCAGAAACGCUGGAAAUGGCGUUUCUGAGUAUUCUAUUUUAAAAAUUUCCUGGGGGAGCAUGCCCCCAGACCCCCCUAGGUGCUUGCGUCUUCGGCGCUCGCGACGCGCCUUACGGCGCCAAGAAAAAAUUCACGUCCGGUGCUUUCAGAAGUAUGUCCGCUACUUUACAAAACAGUUGAAAACCCUGCGAGAGCACCAACUUAUUAACGUGGUUCCUUGCUGUUUAGUUUACUCACGCCUGAUUAGCUUUGUUCUUGCAAUAUAACGUACAUUUCAGAAAAUUGUUUAUGGUGUCCACGAUUUUGUCGGUUUGACUGUAACACUGUUUAGGGAGGAGUGGAGGACUGUAUCCCCAUACCAACACCCACCAUAAAAACUGUUGAACUGUCUUUAGUAACUGCUAAUACUAAAUGAAAAGGACAACCCUUCUGUGACUUAUCCCCUCAGUUAUGUUAAAGAAACGUUUAUGAAUAUAUUUUUCUUUACUCAUCAGUGUGUGAUCUGCCUCCUGUUGGAGGACCGUGCUUUGGUUACAUGCCACGAUACUUCUUCAAUGUCACCAAAAAACGAUGCGAGAGAUUCAUUUACGGGGGUUGCCGAGGAAACGGCAACAACUUUGAAACCGUUCAAAGCUGUGAGGACAAGUGUAUAAGUGAGUAAAGGAAUUAUUACAAUCUAUGAAGUAAUUUGUCUUUUGCUGUUGUCGCAGAACUGACUUCAUGUAAUCGCGAAGGUUUAAACGGGAAGUUCGACCGUGUUGUGAAAAAACCUUUCAAUUCCACUCUUGCCUGUUAAUAGUAGUCUAUUUGUAGAAGCGCCUCCUAAGAAGAAGCAGUCUUAUGGUCUAAUUAUCUCUUUCGACAGGUCCGUGCAAGAAUUACAGGUGCCCCUAUCCUCGCACGCGCUGUGAAUUAGAAGAAGGUUUGCCUGUUUGUAAGUGUCCCGUCAUCUGCACAGCGGACUACCGUCCAGUGUGUGGAACAGACGGCAAGACGUACGCAAACAUGUGUGGUCUAGAAGCUGCUGCCUGUCAUACUAAACAUUUUAAACUGGGACUGAAACACCUCGGAGAAUGUAAGUUACUUAUACAAGAAACAACAACGUAACGUUCAGUCGAGGGGGGUAAGGCGUUUCCAGCGUGAUAACGAGUUUUAUCAUCAACAAUGACCACGUGAACAUGUGGGAGACCUUCUCGUGCACUUUCUCGUACUCUUCUUUUUACUUGACAGUACAUUGUUAAGGUGGCUCCCAAGAAUGAGUUGGCCGUGCACAGCCUGAGUAAUAGAAUAGUGCGAACUUUAAAAUCCGCGCGACGUCCACGCAAAAAUAAAACAAACAUGGUCUCUCAAUUUCGGAAUAUUUCCCCUAAAAACCUUUAUUGACUUUCUGUUGAAGCUCAUUGUGCAAAAAGGUUCGUUAGUGUAGGUCAAACAUUUAUGAGAGGAGACAAUGUUAUACCGGUUACAAGUCACUAUCGAUCUCCAUCUGAGAGUAAAUUGUCUGUAUAAACGAAGCAGAAACUUUCCAAAGACAAAUCGCAAAGACAAAGUAACUAGAUUUCCUUCUGUAACGUAUGCUAGAUAGCUAGGGUUAUUAGUAAAUACUCUAGGGAGCCACCUUAAGGUGAUGUUACACGGGACGAGUCGCAACGACGAUUUUUAGCGCAACACAGCGUUGCAAUGUUGGAACAGUGUUGUCACUAUUCGAAACAAUGUCGCAACAAUGUUGCAACGCUGUGUUGCGCUAAAAAUCGUCGUUGCGAAUCGUCUCGUGUAACAUCACCUUUGAACACACGUAUCGAGAACGCGAACAAGACGGAAAAAAAACUAUUAAAGGGAAUAGUCCUUUUUCAGUCAUAUGUUAAAUUACUGCUGAAUGAAAAAGCCAAUGACACAAAUACCGGCAGGAAGGUGCCUAAAAUGUGAAAUGAAUAAUAGACAGUGUUGUAAAAAACAGGUCGGCUUCUCCCCGGAAUUUGUGAGUACCGUAUAUUCAUUUCAGACGGAGGCCAGCCCUGUCCAGUAAAACUGCGACUUGAGUGAUUACAUUCAGCAGUCAAAGCGAACUCGAAACUGGACUAUGAAAUUUUAAAACAGAAGUAGACGAUAAAUUCAGAACUUAAUGCGUGUUACAACCAGCUAAGCCCAUUAUAGAUAUGAGAAUUUACACAUGCUUAGUAGCUUCUUACUUCUGCUCGUACUACUGGCCAUUGGUAAACGGUAAACUUUCUGUUAACACAUAACCUCGCCAAUUGAAAAUUUUGAAAAAAUCGAAUUAAAAAAAAAGCUAGUGGAUGCUCAUGAUAGCAGGGUGAAUCUACCAAAAACAAACAUGCGUGUAGAAAUUGUCAAUGUCGCUCGUUUUUCAAAUUUACCUGUUCAGAAAACUAAAAAGACAAAGGGUCGGAAUUUCUAAUUCAAACGUGCCAUUUAUUUAUUUAUUUAUGUCUGUCUUUGUUGAUUAUUUUGUUUACUUUUUGUUCAUUGUUAGGCUUGAGUGUCAACCCGUGUGAAGGAUUUGUAUGCAGCCACCAGGGCGAAAGUUGUGUUGUAAAGCACGGCAAGGCUGCGUGUGUUUGUAAUAAAGUAUGUACAAGAGAAUUAGAGCCAUACUGUGCAUCGGACGGCAAUACAUACUCUAACAAUUGCACUCUGCAAUUGGCCGCGUGUGAAAGUGGAGUAUCCUUAACAAUUGUACAUCCGGGAGAGUGUGGAGGUUAGUAUGACGAAAGA